AUGAAGGACGGUAUCUACGGCUACACGCUCUUUUCGCAUCCCAACACUCUCCAUUUUAUGGAAAACUGGUCUAGCGACCCGCUACAAUUCGAUGACAUCGACCUAUCGCAGCUCCCGCCUCCAACGACAUUCACAACAACAACAAACAUCAACAGUGACUCGGCCCUCGAUGAAGAAAACGAUCUUGCCGCUUCAGUGAAUGGAGACCCUAAUAACAAAUUUGCCAUGAACAACUUGCGCCAAGCUCAGAAAAGGCGGUGGAUGGAUUUGAGACUUCAUGAGUCGUUUAAACAAGAUGCAAGGAGAUUCGAUGAUGAUUUGACUUUGUUGCCUAAUAUAAUUGAUCAGAAUUCUACUUCGGUGUUGCUACUUAGAGACUGA